AUGCCAUAUGGGGCCACCUUGGUCUACCGAUGGGAUUCUGGAUUGAAAAGUUGGCCCUCUGAGACUCAAGCAUCGCACAACUGGGUGACUCCUGCUCCUUGCCUAGCUCCUGCCUACCGAGCAAUUCGAAAGCAACAAAUUACACCUCUAUUACGUGAUGAAGUUCUCACCUCAUUGGAGGAUUCUUUUCCUCUUCCGCAGAGUUUUCGCUUCGGCUCCGAAAUCGCUUACGUUGGCGCGACUCUCCUGGAUAUCUGCAAGAAAGUGCGGAAAAAAACACUGGUGGGAAACACCCAGGAAAGUGAUGUCCGAGGGGUCGGCGUGGAGGGGAAGGAGGCCUGCUUAUCCCGGAACAACCAAACCGUCUUUGAGGAUGCUGUGAACCGCACAGGUGGAGACUCACCUGCUAAGAUACACUUGCUGGGGGUGAGUGUGAGAAGGCCCAGGAAUGGAAGUCCAGCUGCCUCUGGGAAAAACCUCUCUUGUUUGAUCUUCCUAGUGAAACUUGAGAUAAAGGAUCCCUUCAUCAAGAGGUGGGUUGAGAAGGGCCUGGCCAGCAUCAAGGACUACGCCGCAAAAGCAGAAGACAAGCAACUGGAAAUGAAAAUUGCGAUUGUGGAGAAAUACCGGGAACGCAUUCCGGAGCUGUUGGACAGGAUAUCCCGGUGCCACGUCCCGCGUCCAGAAAAUGCAGAUUGCAUCCUAGGGACUGUGCACAAGGCCAAAGGGCUGGAAUUCGACACCGUCAGAAUUGCUGGUGACUUUGUCAACAUCCCAUUAACAUUGCCCAAUCCUGGAAUACGUUCAUGGGACCCACCUA